AUGGCGAGUAUGACUAACUUGCGAUGCAAAGUGUUGACACUUUACCGAGAUGUGCUGCGCGUGGCAAGAAGCUUCCCCGAUCGUAGCAUGGGUCGAAAACUACGAUUCAAUGCAAAAGAGUUGCUGCGUCUGAGACAGCACGAGACUGACGCCGCGCGGAUUCGGACGCACGUGAUGGAGGGCUAUGAUGUUCUACGUGUGUACCAAGUGCUACAGAGGGAUUCUGAACUACUCACCGCUAUAACAAGGAAGAAGAGAGAUUCGUGA